CAUGUCGGAGUUUGCGUCGUACGAGAGCGAGUUCACGCAUGCCUGCAUGGACGCGAAUAGCAAGAUUAGCACGCUCGAACGCCUCGCGCCGGGUAGCGGGCGCGACGCGGCGGUGAAGGAGGCGCAGGCGGCCGUCGACUCAGCUGCCGAUGUGGUGUCGCGGCUCGAGAUGGAGGCGGGGCCUUCGGACCGUGGGCGCGUCCGCGAGUGCAAGUCGAGCCUCUCCGAGCUACGCUCCAAGCUCUCCGUCGCUCGCUCCAACAACCGCGCCGCAGAACUCGCGCGCGAGCAGCUCCUGGCGAGUGCCGACGCGCCCGCGCGUAUGGAGGCUGAGGCGCAGCACGCGCGGCUGCUGGAGACGACGAGCCGGAUGCAGCGCGGGACGGACAAGCUGCGGGCCGCGUGCCAGGUCGCGGUGGAGACCGAGGCGGUCGGCGUCUCCAUCCUGGGAGACCUGGAUCAGCAGCGGAUGACGCUCGAGCAAACGAGAGAGAGGCUGCGGACGGCCAACCGCGGGCUCGAGCGCUCGAAGAAGCUGCUGCAGUCGAUGACCAAGCGAGCGGCGGCCAACAAGAUGCUGAUGAUCGGCAUCAUCGCCUUCCUCUGCCUGAUGAUCGUGGCGAUCCUCUACCUCAAGUUCUUCAUGCCCUCGGGCUCCGACCCCUCUCCGCCGCCUUCACCACCCCCGCCGCAGAGAUGAUGAGCAGAUGCGGUCGCGCUUUUUUUGUACGUGGAGCCGUAUGGAUGAUGGAUCCCCCGCGGGCGCGGGUCUCGUUAUUUCUCGCGCGUCUCUCGGUCUCGGCUCUUGCGACUCGCGUCGGUGUCGGUCCUCUGUCUAUGCUAUCUCGGUCUCGCCCGCAAGUGUUUGUGGGCGCGUGGGCAUGUGUGUGUGCCGAGACGCGAGAGUUGCAUCCGGCCCCUUUUUGUUGGUCUGUGUCUAAA